AUGAGCAAUGACUUGAAGGAUGUUAGCGACGGUGAUGUGAUUAGCGACCACCUGAAAAUUGAGCGAGAGAGCUCCAUGGAGGCCCCAUCAGUAGAUCACGGCCCUCUGGCCAAUCGCCAGAUUUCUCUAUCUGGCGGAGGGAACCUUUCACUCGAGGAUGUCCAACCUGUCGACAUCAAGAUUCGCGACCUGGCUAUCGCAGUUGACACAGCACCGUCCUGGCUUGAGCCAGCGACCUAUCCAGAACUUUUCGCCACCAAGCUCAACACUUCUCCGCGCAUCAAGAAGCUCCUGCACUCGGUCAAUGCGGAUUUGGCCCCGGGAACCUUGACCGCAAUUAUCGGUGGUAGUGGAUCUGGCAAAACCACACUCCUGAACUGUUUGGCAGAUAGAGUUGUAAGUUCACGGCUGACUCAGGAGGGUUUCACGACUUUCAACGGUUCAGAGGAUGUGCAUUCCGUAAGACACGCCUAUGUCAUGCAGCAGGACAUCUUGUUACCAACACUUACCGUUCGUGAAACAUUAAAAUACGCCGCGGACUUGCGGUUACCCUCGGCAACUCCAGCUGUAGACCGGGCUCGGAUUGUUGAUGAAGUGAUCCGAGAACUAGGCUUGAAGGAAUGCGCGGACACACGAAUUGGCAACAGCCAGCAUAGAGGAUGCUCAGGGGGUGAGAAGCGGCGUGUUAGUAUUGGUGUUCAGAUGCUGGCAAACCCUUCUGUGCUUUUUCUGGACGAACCUACCACUGGCCUCGACGCGACAAGCGCUUUUCAACUUAUCCGCACACUCAAGAGGCUUGCAUACAAAGGGCGCACCGUCAUCACGACAAUUCACCAGCCUCGCUCUGAAAUUUGGGACCUUUUUGACAAUCUUGUUGUGCUCUCCAGGGGAAGCCCUGUAUAUUCGGGGUCCAUCUCCGACUGCCUCCCAUGGUUUCAAGACCUAGGAUAUGAAAUCCCUCCCUUUGUGAAUCCCGCAGAAUUUGUCAUUGACCUCGCUGCAAUUGACAAUCGAUCCCCGGAAUUAGAAGAAGAGAGUUCCUCUCGGGUUCAGAGACUGAAGGACGGAUGGACCCGCGAAAGCGAACGGCGUUUCAUUCCUGCUGCAAAGGAGACGCAUGCAGGGCAUCCGAGCGGAGGAGAGUCGGCCUCUCAGCAUGCCUCGUUUUUUCAACAGGUUCGCGUUCUCACGGAACGGACAUUAAAGGUUACAUACCGUGACCCGCUUGGAAUGACCGCUUCCAUCAUGGAAGCCAUAUUCAUGGGCAUCACGUGUGGUUACCUAUUCUACAAUCUCGCUCGCGACCAAGCUGGAAUUCGCUCCCGCCAGGGAGCUCUCUACACCGCAGCUGGACUUCAAGGGUAUUUAAUUCUCAUCUUUGAGAUUUAUCGUGUGACAAUCGACAUGCCAGUCUUCGACCGCGAGUCAUCCGAGAACUGUGUUGAUGCACUACCAUUCAUCUUGUCACGUCGUCUAGCCAGGCUACCCACUGAGGAUUUUCCCGUUCCAUUUCUCUAUUCCACAAUAUUGUACUUCAUGGCUGGUUUUGAUCGCGAGGCACACAAAUUUUUCAUCUUCUUCGCUGUCACUCUCAUCAAUCAUUAUGUAGCUGUGACCUGCGCCGUCACUUGUGUUGCGGCGGUCAGGCAUUUUGCUGGGGCCAGUUUGAUCGCAAACUUGGUCUAUACUUUGCAAAGUAUGGCAUGUGGUAUGUUCAUUCAGAGCGAAACGAUUCCCGUCUACGUGAGAUGGUUGAAAUGGAUAACAUACACUUUCUUCAUCUUCAGCGCUUAUGCUGGAAAUGAGUUUGAGGGCAGUUUCUAUGACUGUCCAGUGGAAGGCGGGGAGUCCAACCCUGCAUGUCGGCAGUACACGGGGAGCUUUAUCAUGGAAUCUCUCGGUUUUCCACCCAACUGGGUUUGGAGACCAAUUGUCAUCUCUGCCUCCUUCGUCGUAUUCUUCAUCGCACUGUCCACCGUUGGUCUUCACUUUUUCAAGGUCGAAAUGACCAUUGCUCGAUCGCGAACUUCGGAUACCGAUUUAUCGGCAGGAAAAGAGAAACUGAGCCGAAGCUCGGAAGGUGAUGUUAGGUCGAUCGACGUUGAACUCGAAGACUUUGCUUUGGCAUUGGAUAAAAGGUCAGGAAUGGGAAAGUGGCUCCCGCGGAAGACCGUGCUCAAUCCCCUGAAUGCUUCAUUCCAGGCUGGAGUUCUGAACGUCAUCAUGGGGCCUUCCGGCAGCGGCAAGACCUCGCUCCUCAACACUAUGGCCCUGAGGCUACGCAAUUCGUUUGGUACGAGAUACCGACCUUCUGGAAAACUGACACUGAAUGGUGCAGUACCUUCCGAUUCUGUCCUCCGUUCCAUCUGCUCCUACGUUUGUCAGGAUGAUGACGCUUUGUUACCAUCGCUGACAGUACGUGAGACACUUCGAUUCGCUGCUGGCUUGCGGCUCCCCUCCUUCAUGAGCAAGAGGGAGAAGUAUCAGAGAGCCGAGGAUGUCCUCCUAAAAAUGGGAUUGAAAGAUUGCGCAGAUAACCUAGUUGGGAGUGAUAUGAUCAAGGGGAUAUCUGGUGGAGAAAAACGCCGCGUGUCGAUCGCCAUCCAGAUCUUAACCGAUCCUCGUGUUUUACUUCUUGACGAACCCACGUCUGGUCUUGAUGCUUUCACGGCAAAUUCAAUCAUGGAGGUUCUCAACGGGCUGGCCAAGGAAGGUCGGACAUUGAUUCUAACCAUCCAUCAAGCCCGCUCAGACCUCUUUAAACACUUUGGAAAUGUGCUUUUACUCGCGCGCGGUGGUUCACCAGCCUAUUCUGGCGCAGCCGGAGACAUGCUGCGAUACUUCAAGCAACAAGGAUAUGAAUGUCCUCAGCACACGAAUCCAGCGGACUUUGCUCUUGACAUGAUCACUAUCGAUCUCCAGCAUGAUCAACAAGAGGCAGAAACUAGGGAGAGGGUAAACAAGUUGAUCGAGGCAUGGGAGGCUAGGGGUUCCAAUGAUGGAGCUCAGGUCAUUAAGAGCGAAAAGAACGCCGUGCCUCAACCCAAAUUGGACGUUGUUCAUGAGGCUACCGAGGUCAAUGGUCAGGCUACCUCAAGCCAGUCUGAUGAGAAGGAUCCCGCCAUUGUGACCCGACCAUCCUAUGCGUCGCCUACUCGGAAAUCGUUCAACAAAACGAAUCUAUCAACUCCUGCCGAACUUGGUUCCCUCGUACGCAAACGUGCCUCCCUUGCUACAGCGUUCCCUCUCCUACUCCAUCGAGCCAUUAUCAAUACACGGCGGCAGCCCGAAUUGAUUCUUGCUCGUGUGAUGCAGGUUGUCGGCCUUGCGCUCAUCCUGGCUCUGUUUUUUGCACCAGUCCACAGUGACUACUUCUCCGUGCAGAACCGAAUGGGUUUUGUACAAGAAAUUGGCGCAUUUUAUUUCGUGGGUAUGCUACAGAAUGUGGCAAUCUACCCCAACGAACGAGACGUCUUCUACCGAGAGGAUGAUGACGGAGUGUACGGUAUCGAGUCGUUCAUCCUAUCGUAUACAGUUCUUGAAGUUCCGUUCGAGAUCUUGAGCUGCUUGAUAUUUGGUGUGCUCGGGGUCAUUGCUGUGGGCCUUCCACGCACUGUCACAAUGUAUUUUGUCAGCGUGUUUGCGUGCUUUGGAAUUGUGUCCUGCGGUGAAAGUCUGGGUAUCAUGUUCAACACCCUCUUCCCUCACACAGGAUUUGCGGUCAACGUCAUGGGAAUUCUUCUCUCUGUUGCGAACACCAUGGGUGGAGUCUUGUCAAUCGAUAUGCCCAAGCUCUUUGUCUACUUCAAUUACCUUUCCCCCAUCCGAUACGGCCUUCGCGCCGUGGCGCCUUAUUCCCUGCGGGGAGUAACAUUCACUUGCAACGACAGCCAGCGUCUGCAGGAUGGUUCUUGUCCUAUCGAGACUGGCCAGGAUGUUCUUGACCUUUACAAAUUCACCGAAGACCCGGUGAUAAAUGUGGCUGCUUUGGCUGGCUGCAUCGUUGUAUAUCGCCUUUUGGCAUGGGCACUCUUGCGUGUUAUGAGAGGCCGGUGGAGAGAGAAGCUUAAGGAGCGUGGGCGGAAGCAAUGA